GGAUGUAAACAGAAGGACGUUCACCUCUUGGGGAGAGCAGCGGUGGAAAACAUGAGCAAACUGGAGCUGUUAAACGUGUUUCUGAACGACAGGCUGACCGCGGCCGGCGAAGAGAUUUUCCGCGCCGUUAGAGACGCGGUGGUGGAGUAUCAGAGUGAAAUCCUCCGCUCCAAGGAGGAGAACGAGCGGCUCAAACGGCUCCUCAGUGUGGCUGUCCAAAGGCUGCUGCUGCAACCAGAGCCUUACUCUGUCCAGCCCCGAGAAGAUGAUCAGCCCUGUGAGUCUGAGUGGAGAAGCAGUGUGGAGCUGCUGCCACAGGUCAAAGAAGAACCAGAACUCAGAAACAUUCAAACAGAUUCACAUUCACGUUCAGCAAGAGACUCAGAGGAAGGAAACUGUAGUCAGACACUACACAGGUCACAUCCUCCAGCAGCUGAGACUGUGUGCAGCAGACAACACAUCUCCCCACCUCCACUAACAUCCCAGGAGAUUAAGGCAGAGAGAGACAGAGAGGACGACAGCAAACAGCAGCCAGCCAACAGCUUAACAGCGUCCUCUCUGUCUGCUCCUUCACACUGUAGAGUGGCUCAGGGUGAUUCCUGUGCGAGUACUGCAAAGAGUCACAGGACACAGAAAACAGACCAGCAGAUCAAAAGCUUACUUCGCUCGAAUGGAAAACAAAAUGCACACAUACUGCAGAUCAAAAACGUCAGAUCCCUGAAGCCGCCGCUGCCCCGUUCCUCUCACCCAAGCCAGAGCAUCCAGAGGUGGCACAGCUGUAAGGAGUGUGGGAAGGGCUUCAGCUUUGCCUGCCAGCUGGAGGUCCACAUGCGCUGGCACACCAAGGAGAAGCCAUACAGCUGCGCAGUGUGCCGGAAGAGCUUCACCACAGUCAGCAUGCUGAAGAGGCACCAUCGCAUCCACACUGGAGAGAAACCCUUCCACUGCCAUGUCUGCGGGAAAUGUUUCAACCAGUCAGCACACCUCAACACCCACUUCAGGCUUCACACCAGAGAGAGGGCCAGCUGGAGCCGAGCACCGCACUCCAAGUGAACGAAGGCCUUCGGUAUGAAAGGAGGUUAAUCUGUAAACUGUGAAAUGCUUGAAAUGUCCCACUUGCUGGUUCAUACAGUGUACAGUCAUGGCAUUUGAUUGUGUGUUUUAUUGUUGUGCAAUAAAGUGUGGUAUAUGAAGAUUUGACCCAUU